UACGUGUUUACACGUGGCCGUAUCGUUAUUGGCCACGUCACUCUCCAACAUUUUAGGGUUUAUGUGAGGGCUUGGUUUGAAUGGGCAGCAGCGGGCCGCCUGGAGGAGGAGCAUGGCCCAAGAUUCUUCUGGCAAAGCCGGCGGCGCAUCCCUCUGGCGGUGGCGCUGGCGCCAGCGGCGUUCCCUCCGGCGUUGUGAAGCUAAUGCGCGACGAGGAGAGCGCCGCCAGGUCGAGAUUGUAUCAGGGAUCGCUCAAUCUCAUCACGGAUGCUUGGGAAUUUUCGGCCGAUCGUCUCCUCCCUUUGAUGUCCGAUAACACCGAUUUUACUGUCGUUGGAGUUCUGGGACUUCCUGGAGUAGGAAAAUCGACCAUUUUGAAUGAGCUCUAUGGAUUCGACUCGGUAGCGUCAGGGGUGCUUCCACCGUUUCCAGUUCAAACAGAGGAGACACGAGCACAAGCAAGACAUUGCUCUACUGGUAUGGAACUUAGAGUUUCAUCAGAAAGGCUCAUUCUUCUCGACACACAGCCAAUAUAUAGUUCUAGCGUACUGAUGGAUCUAACGCUCCCUGAUGGCUCUUCCAGUCUCCAACUACUUAGCGGAGAAUCUAUAUCCGGAGAACUUGCUUACGAGUUGAUGGGACUGCAGCUAGGCGUGUUUUUAACGGCGGUUUGUCAUGUGGUUCUACUCGUUACGGACGGAAAAAACGAUACGACUCUUUGGAAGAUGCUGCAAACGAUUGAAAUGCUGAGACAGGGUAUUCCUGAUCCAUCCACUGUAGGUUCUGGAGGACAAUUAUCAACCUCAACCGAGGACAUUCCGCAAGAAACUAACUCUGAGUUCUUUGCUGACACAAUCUUCGUACAUACCAAAUUGCGGGAGAGUGAUCUUGACUUUAACAGCAUUGAAAAAUUCAAGGCUGCUCUUUCUGAGUAUUUCAAGUCAAGUUUCAGAAGGAAUGGCCUUCCUCAAACUGAAGCCACGGAAAAUACUGACAACGCGCUUAGAAUGGAAACUACGAAUGUUUUUGUGCUCCCUCGAGCACAGGACGAGAGUUCAAAGAAGUUCAAAAGUUCCUCGCUGAUGUUGCGACAACUUCGAGAUCAGAUUUUGUCCAUGCCGCGACGAUCAUUUCCGAAACCACUGAACGAGCGAGACUGGCUGAGAAAUGCUUCUCGAGUCUGGGACCUAGUAAAGAAGUCGCCUGUCAUUUCGGAUUAUGGUAAACUGCUGCAAAACUCCGGCUUAUUCCGGCGUUGAUGUACGGUUUGCUUCAGCGGUCUAUCUCCCUCUAGAAGUACCUCGUGUUACCGCAGGGAUGGAAUGGCUGGUACACACUCGCGUAAGCUUUGUUUCAGGGGUUUUGGAAUUAUGCGUACUUGGAAAGUCUUAUAGAUUUCUGGAAGGAAAUGUUUUAUCCCUUUCUGCC